CAAGCUGAGCUUUUGAUUGUCUUUGUAAAAAAAAGUUGUCUUAAAUCGCUUGUCAGAUGAUUAUUGAGAGUUAUUUCGGCUCCCUUGAAGCUCCAUAGAAUUCAACAUGUGGCACGAAGCAAGAAGACAAGAACGGUUAAUCCGUGGAAUGAUGGUAGAUUACAAGAAAAGGGCAGAGAGGCGUCGAGAAUAUUAUGAAAAGAUCAAACUAGACCCUACUCAAUUUCUACGAAUUCAUGCCAGAGCUUCCAAGAUUAAUCUUGAUCCAGCAGUAGCUGCAGCAGCUGAGAGUCCCCUUACCAUGAUGCCAUGGCAGGGUGAUUCGAGUCACAUGAUUGAUCGCUUUGAUGUGCGAGCUCACUUGGAUCACAUCCCCCAGCGACCACCAUCACUCCCCACACUGGAUGAGAUCAGAGAAGAACAGAAAUGCAACUAUGAGCGGUAUCGCACUCUCGUUCACAAUGACCAUGCUGAGAUUUCCGAGGAGCAAUGUCUUCAUCAAAUUCAUGUGGAGGAAAUGUUUCCGGAUAUUCAGAAAAGACCAGGGGAUGAGAAAGAAAAGUUAUCUGCCAUGAGAGCUGCCAUAGGUUUUACUUAUGAUGUGAGUGAAAACUCAAGUCUAUCCGUGGAAGGCAAAAGUGCUGCAAAGGAGGAAGAGGAGGAAGACAUUGACAGUGACAGUGACUCUGAUGUCAGCUUCUCAGAGAUUGAUCUAGAUGUUGUCAUUGAUGUAGAAGAGUUGACAAAGGAAAGCAAGACUCAACUCAAUGUGGUUGGAGAAAAGUAUGGUAUGGCUCCAGAGGCAUUCAUAAAAAUGCUUAAUAAAGAAAAGAUUGAAGCUGAUGACAUGAGGCAAGCCAAAGAGGAUGAGGAAGAAAAAGCCAUGUUUUCUGGAAGGAAAUCUCGCAGAGAGAGAAGAGCUAUCAUUGAGAGAAAGCUUCGGGAAAGGAAGACUGCUGGAAAUAGUCCACCAAGCUAUGCUGCACGUGGUAGUCCGACCUACGACCCUUAUCCAGGUAGGAGCUCUUCCAGGUCAUCCUCCAGUAGCCGUGACAACUCCCCAGAGCAACCGGGCAAGGUCACCUUCAUCACCAGCUUCGGAGGCGAAGAAGACGACAACGACAGCAGCAAUAGCAAAGCAAACAAAGACAAGAAGUCAACGUCUGCUCCGUCAUCCUCUUCUUCUUCAAAAAACCGUCCAGGCUUCUCCUCUUCAUCACUCACUCGUAGCACUGACUCACACUCCAAGUCAUGGCACAAGGAUUCACGAAGGUCUUCCACACGAUCCCGAUCUCGCUCACGAUCCCGAUCAAGAGACAGAGGCAGCUCCUACAGGUAUGACGACCACCGGCACAGAGGGAGAUCUCCUUCCGAUUCAAAUGCCUCCUCCAGAUACAGACGAGGGGCACGCUCUAGAAGUGACUCCAGGUCUCGCUCCAGAUCACGUGACCGAAAUUGGAGGUCGCGGUCUGGUUCUAGGGAUAGGCGGCAUUCUUACAGUUAUCAGCGAAGCCCACGCUCGCGCUCAAGGUCAACUUCACGCAGCGGCCAUCAGCCCUAUCAUCGUAGAUCAAGGUCAAGAUCCAGGUCAAGAUCCAGGUCAAGAUCAAGGUCAAGAAGCAAAUCUCCCCCUCCACAACGCUAUGCUAUGAUGUCUACUCUGAGCUCUUUAAGGCAAGAAAGUGAAGAGAAAAGUAUUGCUAAAGCAAAAGCAAAAGCAGCUUCUACCCCCAACAAACCCAAACUGACUCAGCGUGAGAAACUGAAACUGAAAAUGCAGAAGGCCCUAAACAAACAACAUAAAGCGGAUAAGGUCAAAGAGUACAACAAGAAAAAUACAAAGAUUUUGGAACAAGAGGAUCGAGACCAUGUACUCAAAGAGCAAGCCAGGAAGAUGCGCAUGAGGGAGAGGGAGAAGAAAGAAAAGGACCGAGAGGAGUAUGGUUGGAGGCGCUCUAAAUCUCGUUCACGAUCAAGGAGUCGUUCCUAUUCCCCACCACCAAGACGCAGUUAUCAUCAUUCCCCUCCUUCUAGGUCAAAGUAUCGCAAGUCGAGAAGCAGAUCAAGAUCCAGAUCUCCUCCGUCUCAGUAUAGGUAUUAGUAUGGUCAGCAUGGUUCAGCAGAAGUACAUCGAGAAGAGGAGGACUGGAGGCAAGAAGGGUUUUUAGAAGCAUAGAGAGGGAAUAAACAAUGGAACGAGGGGAAGGAGGGGGGGGGGGGGUGAGAAAGAUGAAGGGAGGGAAGAAGGGGAGAGAGAGAGAGAGAAAGAAAGAAAGGGAGGGGUUGCAGGGUAGAUAAAAAAUUAGAGGUGAGAUACAUUUAAGAGAGAGAUAUACUAAAGAUAAGACUAAUAAAAAGUGAAAAGAGGGAAAGAGUGAAUAAGCAAGAGAGAGAGAGAGAGAGAGAGAGAGGGGGAGGGGUUGCAGGGUAGAUACAAAAAUAAGAGGCGAAAUACAUUUAUGAAUAAGAGAGAUAUAUAUACUAAAUAUAUGACUAAUAAGUGAAAAGAGGGAAAGAGUGAAUAAGCAAAAGAGAGAGAGAGAGGAAAAUAGAGAUGCAUUUAAGAGAAGCUCACAGACACUUUCAAGACUCUUGUUAUUUCAAGGUGUCACAUAUUUCUGUAGAUUACUCUAGUCUAUUUUACCUCAUGAUUAGUGAUGUCUUGGAAUGUCUGUGACUAUGUGAAGAAAAGGUUAGUAGGUAGAAAGAAGUCACAGGUAAAGUAUCGGGUAAGCUUGUGAAAUCACUGUUACAAUGCCAUGUAGCUGUAUCUCGUGAUUGAAGAUGAUUUGCAAUGUCGCUAGGUGUAGAUAGGUGAAGGUCCAAGUCCAUUGAGAGAGAGAGAGAAGAACAUGAGGGAAUGGUCGGUGGAAGUAAAAUUGUGAUGGACAAAUUAUUGAAUGCAUGUACGGUGUAAAUGUACAAGUAAUAUGGAAAUGUAAAUACAUAUUGACAUUAACUUGGCAGGUCAUCAUUACUAAGUUUUCACAAUACAGGCAAAAGAAAUAUCUAGGUUUGACCAUAUUAUGUCUUCUGGUACAGUGUACAUUUUCCCUUCUUCCAAGUACCUGUAUCUCGUGUACCUUCCCUAAAAAUGGCUAUAUACCUGUAUUAGAAUCCAUCUUUAUCAAUAGAUUAUGAGGAUUUUUGUUUUACUUGAUGAAAUACACAUUAUUGAAGACGUCCUCAAUGAUUAUUCUGUAUACAUAAUAUGAGUCGGGUUUACUUCUUGGUGCAUGUACAUUUAGAUGUUAAAAUCUUAGAAUAUUGUGUUUUUAUGUUCAUUGAAACACCAGUUGUUUACAUUGGUUACUUAAAGGAAUAUAUUAUGACAUAUAGUAAUCUCUGUUGAUGUGCAGACAAUGUAAUAGCUGAUCGCAGCUGAUCUGAUUUGAAUACCAAAUUGAGGAUGCCGAAUAAUUUGGUGGAAUACAUGAAUUGAAUAGCAAAAUUGAGGAUGCAUAAUCAUUUGACAGAAUACAUGAAACUGGCAGUUGCAUUAUCUAGGCUUCUGCUUGCAUCUUCACUUACAUUUUGAAUGUGAAGAUGCAAAUAAAGGCCUUAAAAAUAAGCAUUUACACACCUUUUGUUCAUGCUUUGCAUGCUACCAAAUAUUGUAAUGGUUGUCAUAUUUUCCUUGGUAUUGCUGCACAGAAACUUUCAAGUCUUCUGCUUUUUUGUAUUAACUUGACCAACUCCAAAUUUGAGUGUACAGUUCCUUGUUGGUGCGCUGUGUCUACAUUUGACCCUCGGGUUGUAGAUCAUUACACACAAGACUAACUUGAUUAUUUAUACAUUAUGCUGUCUGCCUCGUCCAUGGGGUGUAACUGGAAUUUUGCAAUCUUGUGGAUUUUGUUAGAAUUUCCUGAAGAUUUUAGAAUUCUGGUUCAUGAAACUUGAAACUGAAAUAUACAAGCUAUUCAAGGAAA